CUCGCGUUCAACCUUUCCGAUCGCUCGAGCGGAGGUCAUCGUCCAUGGCGGAGAAGCAUUUCAAGUACGUCAUCCUCGGCGGCGGCGUUGCGGCGGGAUACGCUGCUAGAGAAUUUGCAAAGCAUGGCCUCAAUCCAGGAGAAUUAGCAAUCAUCUCAAAAGAGGCGGUGGCUCCUUAUGAACGCCCAGCGCUUAGCAAGGCAUAUCUCUUCCCUCAGGGUGCUGCAAGGCUCCCAGGCUUUCAUGUUUGUGUUGGAAGUGGAGGGGAAAGACUGCUUCCGGAAUGGUACUCAGAAAAGGGGAUAGAACUGAUCCUCAGCACUGAAAUUGUAAAAGCUGAUCUUGCUUCCAAGACUUUGACCAGUGCAGCUGGUGCAAUCUUCACAUAUGACAUUUUGAUUAUAGCCACUGGUUCCACUGUCAUAAAUCUCUCCGAUUUUGGUACGCCUGGAGCAGAUGCUAACAAUAUAUUCUACAUGAGGGAAAUUGAUGAUGCUGACAAGCUUGUGGCAGCCAUCCAAGCAAAGAAGAAUGGGAAGGCUGUCAUUGUUGGUGGUGGAUACAUUGGGCUUGAACUUAGUGCUGCGAUGAAGAUAAACAACUUCGAUGUCACUAUGGUGUAUCCUGAACCCUGGUGCAUGCCAAGGCUAUUCACUCCAGAAAUCGCUGCUUUCUAUGAAAGUGAUUAUGCAAACAAGGGGGUCAAGAUAGACAAGGGCACACUAGUUGUUGGAUUUGAUUCUGACACCAAUGGGGAUGUAACAUCAGUCAAGUUGAAGGAUGGAAGAGCGCUCGCUGCUGAUAUUGUAAUAGUUGGUGUUGGUGGACGACCUCUGACAAAAUUGUUCAAAGGCCAAGUUGAAGAAGAGAAGGGUGGAAUUAGGACUGAUGCUUUCUUUCAAACAAGUGUUGGUGGAGUGUACGCUGUGGGCGACGUAGCUACCUUCCCUUUAAAGCUAUACAACGAAACACGAAGAGUGGAGCAUGUGGAUCAUGCCAGGAAAUCAGCAGAGCAGGCUGUGAAGGCAAUCAAGGCAAUCGAGGAAGGUAAAGUAACUGAUGACUAUGAUUACCUCCCCUACUUCUACUCCCGCUCAUUCGAUCUCUCAUGGCAAUUCUAUGGAGACAAUGUGGGAGAAACUGUCAUAUUUGGCGACAAUGACCCUGCAUCAUCAAAGCCAAAAUUUGGGUCUUACUGGAUUAAGGAGGGGAAGUUACUGGGGGCUUUCCUGGAGGGUGGAUCUCCAGAGGAGAACACGGCCAUUGCCAAGUUGGCAAGGCUGCAACCUGCAGUUCCAGACCUUGAACAGCUGACAAAGGAAGGUCUCACAUUUGCUUCUAAGAUUUGAGGGAAGAAGAUGCCAUGCUUGUAAAUGGAGGAGGAAGAGAAUUGCAAAUUUGUGGUGUGCAUGGAGAUGUACUUAGCCUUUUCCAAGGGUUUACUUGCAAGAGGUUGAGACUUCUCAAGGUAGUUGGAGACUUGGAGUAGAUGAGUCGCAAAGAAAAUGAGGUGGGGUAAGGAGGGACCUUUUUCUUGGUGGUUUGGAUUUUGAGUUGCGGCAAGUAAGAGG